AUGCCGCCUAGGAAGAGCAAUGUAUCAGCGGUAUCAAACGAAGAGAGUCCCGCACCGCCCAAAUCGGUACCUCGAGAGGAGAGCUUAGGUGUCGAGGACCUGAACCUACCAAAGUCUAUAGUCCAGCGCCUGGCAAAAGGCGUCCUGCCACCAAAUACCCAAAUACAAAAAGAUGCGCUCCUCGCUAUGAGCAAAAGCGCAACCGUGUUUGUCAACUACAUCACAUCAACCGCCGCCGAAAAGGCACUCAGCAGCGGCAAGAAAACCGUCAUGCCGAAAGAUGUCUUCGACGCGAUGACAGAGUUGGAAUUCUCAUUCAUGCUCCCCCGCCUUGAAGCCGAAGUCACCAAGUUCACGUCGAUACAAGCCGAUAAGCGGAAUACGUACAGGAAGAAGGUGCGCGAAGAGAAGAAAGCCACGACUGGUACCGCCGACGUUGCUACUUCGACACCUGCAAAAGCAACUGCAAACGGGGAUGUGGUUAUGGAGGGUGCAGACGAUGGUGGUGAGAGGGCGACGAAGAGGGUUAGGCGGGAGAGUGGAGAUGCUGGAGAGGGUGAUGUUACAGAGGAGGAGGGGGAUGAGACACAAGAUGUGGAGGAUGAAGAGGUCGAGGACGAUGAGAUUGAGGAGGAGGUUGUUGGGGAGGAGUUGACAGAAGAUCCGCUUGAGGAGAAAGAAGACAACAAGGACGAUGAUGAUGACGAUGAUGGGAAUGAGAGCGAUUGA